AAGGUAAUUGAAACCGACCUAAAGCUCAUUUUUCCAUUAUUCUAAAGGUAGAUCCGAUUAUUGUUGAUUUAAGUAUUGGAGUGUCUACCCCGAGGACCCACCUCGGUGCUUUGCAGGUUCAUCUAGAGUGGAGACGCGGAUUGAAGAAAGACUUCUGGUUUGGUGCAAUUAUAUUGGCGUCAUCUGUGGGAAACCGAACUAAAAGCUCUUUUAUUGCUUUCUCAUUAUGGUCAACACUCGAUCUGUCCGAGCUGGAAAAGGAGGAGAUGAAAAUCAACCUCACAACUCAGCUCACAAUUUAGCUCCCACCCCUAACCAAGGGGAUGUAGUCAUAGCUCAGCUUGUUGCCAUGCAACAGCAGUUCGGCGUCUUUCAGUUGGUUUUGGCUCAACUCUUAGCUCGGAAUAAUCCUGGUGAUCCCCUCAUCAAUCUACUUCACCUUACUCAACAACCCCCUAUUCAACAGCAAGACCCUCAACCAAUUCAACAUGCUCCUGCUGUUAGUGAGUCUCAGGGUCAGUCUCACAUAGCCCCAACUCAACAACAUCUACCUAAUGAUGUCACACGAUGUCUAGACAGUUUAGAAAAAAUGGUAGCUGAGCAGCGAGGUGCCCCACCUCCCCACCAUAACACUGACUCCAUACCUCAUCCUUUAAAUACUAAUAUUACAUUGGAACCUUAUCCUACUGGUUUCAAAAUACCACAGCUCGAGACAUAUGAUGGAACGAAGGAUUCAGAUGAUCACCUCCAUGCUUUUUAUUCUUGAAACAAGCAAGGUGUGAGAUAUCAACAAGCCCCACCUCCACUCCCGCCACCAGCCAGAAUUAUACAUAUGAUUACAGAAGGAUUGGAAGCAGGGGGUUUGAACUCCAACCAACGAAAAUUGUAUGUUAGAGAGGUGAAGCAUCAAAACCAAGCUCAGAAAAGAAAGUUUGAUGACGCUGAUUGGAAGAAUCAACCCAUCACUUUCACACCUGCUGACUUCGAUACAGUUGUAAUACCCCAUAAUGAUCCUUUGGUCACCUCUAUUAUGAUUAACAACUGUGAAAGGUACGAUGAUCCCAUAUAUGGAUUCAAUAACCAACCUAUUCAGGUAGAAGGAGUCCUUACUCUCAACAUCGCUUUUGGAAGCGACCGAACUUAUGUUACCCCUUCAGUUCGGUUUCUAGUUGUCAAAAUGGCCUUAUCUUUCAAUGAUGUUAUUGGACGACCUACAUUAACCGAGAUUCGAGCUGUGGCCUCAGAAAGGCAAAGAUCAGACAUCAGAAACCAUCCACCACAAGUUCAUGAUAAUCAGCAGGUGAUGGGGGUUGAGAUAGUAGACAACCGACCUGAAGAUAAAACCCGAGCUGCCCCAGUUGAGGAUGUAGAGGAAGUGCAACUUAAGGACAGAAAUCUGAACAGGAAAACUCAAAUUGGAACUCAACAUGCUAGGGAUUCCAACCUCGGUAUCUCAGCACAAGCUCAGUACCAAUCCAUUGAAGAAACCAGUAGCCCAGAAGUGACGCUUCUUUGGGGGGGAAAGGCUUGUCCCAAAGACUGUGAUCCGAUGCCAAGCAUUGGCAAACUGGUUGAAGUGGCUUUUGGAAACGAGAGAUUAAGUCUCUUAGAUGCAUAUUCUAGUUACCACCAAGUGCCGAUGGCUCCGGAGGAUGAAGAGAAAACCUCAUUCUGUGCAGCUCAAAACGACAAGAAUCUAAAAGUUUACGUCAAUGACAUUGUGGUGAAGAGCCUGAAAGUAGAAGAUCAUCUAGCUGACCUCAAUGAAACAUUCAACAACCUCAGACAGAACAAAAUGCGGUUAAACCCAGCAAAGUGCAUCUUCGGUGUGGAGUCUAGGAAAUUUCUAGGCUUCAUGGCUAUAAACGGAGAAAUCCUUUAUUUGUACCUUGGUAUCUUAGAUGAAGCAAUCAAUUCUGUGCUAGUGAGAGAAGAAGGCAAACAUCAGAAACCAGUUUAUUAUACAAGCAAUGUACUAUGUGGAGCAGAGUUAAGAUACCCUAUUGCUGAGAAGGUAGCAUUAGCAGUUGUUACCUCGGCCAGAAAACUAAGGCCAUACUUCCAGUCACACCCAAUCAUAGUCCUCACAGACCAACCUCUUCGACAGAUCCUUCAGAAGCCAGAAUGCUCAAGAAGGUUGAUUAAAUGGGCCGCGGAGCUGGGGGAAUUCGAGAUAACAUUUCAACAGAGGUCAGCAAUCCGAGCUCAAGCACUCGUAGAUUUUAUCGUGGAAUGCACUCCGGCUCUCUCGAAUUCUCACUCUGAGCCGAACAGUUGGAUACUAUAUGUUGAUGGAGCAUCAACCCUGGUGACCGAGUUAAAGUACAAGUUCCAAAAAUUUUGUUCAAGCAAAAUACCUCGAACUGAGAAUGAGCAGGCAGAUUCACUUUUUAAGUUCGCCUCUGAUAGCUCUUUAAGCUCCAGAUUAGUUUUCGUUGAAGUUUUGGAUGAGCCGAGCUUCAUUAAGCCAAAAAUUGUGGAGAUCAGCACAAACUCGAAUACACCGAGCUGGACAAAUCCAAUCAUCUCUUUCUUACAAGAUGGGUUAGUACCUACAGAUAAGCAAGAACAGAUGAGAUUGAGGAAGAAAGCGUCUCGAUGCACACUCGUUGAUGGAGUCCUCUAUAAGAGAUCUUUCUCACUCCUUCUCCUACGAUGCUUGAACCCUUAUGAAGUUGAGUAUGCAUUUCAGGAAGUACAUGAAGGCAUAUGGGGAAGCCAUUUUGGCGCUAGAACCCUGACUCAUAAAGUCCUCAGACAAGGAUAUUACUGGCCGAAUAUUUCUAAGGAUGCUACUCACUUUGUACAAAGAAAAGCUGGUCUAAUGGGGUUUGAAACUCGUUUUGGUAAAUUAGCCCCAAACUGGGAAGGCCCUUACACAGUAGCCGAAGUGCCACAUCCUGGUGCCUAUAUCCUCCAAGACGCUGAAGGAAAGAGAGUUCCUAGAGUCUAGAAUAUCAAUAACUUGAAGAAAUUUUACCCUUAAUAUAUUUCUUUCAAGUGAUCCCUGUCUUAUUAUUCUUUAUAAUUAUUACUUCUUCAUUUUGAGAUCCAUUUCAUCUCUUAGUUUGUAUCUUCGAGGUCAAUCCAUUUCAUCUAUUAAUUAUUCCUUGGACUUCACUUUUAUUAAUAAAUUUCACUUCACAUU